GAUAACAUUGUUGUGAGUACUCUGAAUUGUAAGAAUGAAAUAUAUUUUGUAACCAGAUUCCGUUCCGUUUUUGUUACAUGGGACUGGUAGAGAAAAUUAUUACGGAACGAACCGCUCAAUUCUAGUGAAAAAUCUGAUUCGUCAUUCUGAUCCGUGCUUAAUGGGACUGCACCCUUACUUUUUAGGACUGGUAACUUGUAACUCCAGAAUGCAGUCACAGGUAGUUCGCGUCAAGGUGACGUCACGGAUUCAACGAGGAAAGAAGAUCCGUGUGUACAAGGUGGGAUUACCACGGGACACGGUAACACGUCUCUCCUCGGCACGGGUUGCAUUAACAAGGUGCGAUGAUCUCUUACGCACAAUGCUCCAACGACAGGAGUCGUGUGCAGCGGAGAAUAAAAAAUGUGGGUAUUGUGGAUACAUUCUCCCACAAUCUUUUAAUUUAUUAGAUCACUCUUGUUUUCAACCAUUUAACAAGGACAAUGAUUGUAUAAACGUGGAUGAAAAUUUAGUAGUCACUGUCAUAUCUCGCAUAGAAGAGUUCAAUGAAUUUACUUUACCAAAUAAAGAAUUAAAUAAUUCGCAAGAAGAAUUAAAUAAUUCACAAGAAAUUGAUAAAGAUGAGUUAUUAAUAUAUCAUGUAUCGCAGAAGCGAGCAUUAUUCGAUCAUCGGAUACCAGCAAAUGAAAGAAGCACUUUAAAAAAAAAUGCAUUGUGGCAAGAAAUAUGCAACUCAUUAGGAGGCAUAAUGAGUGUAACCGAAAUUAAAAAAAGGUGGCGAUAUCUACGGGAUUGUUUUUUAAAGGUAAAAAAAAAGGAACAUACUUAUAUCCCAAGUGGAUCUGCUGCUGAAGCAUUAAACAGUAAAAAAAAUUCCUUCCGCUUUUAUGAACAGAUGAAGUUUUUAAACGACGUCAUGGGAAAAGCUCCAACAAGUACUAGUCUACCAUUAAGCAUUCAGAAUGAUGACGAUGAUGAAAAUAUCUCAGUUGAAGCCAGAAACUCUUCAAUGUUAGUGUCCCCACUAACAAGCAGCAGCGUCAUUGCAUCAAGUUCUGAAGAAAGUAAUUUUAAUUCAAAUAGAAAAAGAAAAGCUGAUAGAUCGAACAAAGAGUUAAACGAAGAGUUUCAUGACACUGUUAUAAAUGCAUUAAGAGAAACUAAGGAACCUGAUGGUGUUGACGGGUUUUUGUUGUUACUAGGCGAAGGAUUAAGAAAAUUGCCUUAUAGAGCUCGAACUAAAUUAGAAAUGAAAUUUCUUGCAAUGUUGAUGGAGGAACAAGAUAAAUUGCAUGAUCUGCCAAUAUAAAGUAUAAGCUUAUAUAUUAUUAUUAUUAUU